CCGGUGGAGGAGCAUUCUAUUUCGCCAAGAAAGAUAUCGAUGCUCGGAGAAGAGCCCAAGAAUUGGCCAAGACUAGGCCGACCGAAAAACUAGAAUGGUGGCAAAAAGUGGCAAAAGAUGAAGUUUUAACAAAUAACGAUGACGGAAAUACAAUGUCACAGGUUUUUGCGGCGGAUACGUCUUCUAAUAAUAGCAGAAGCCAAACCUCAAACAUCGUGCGACCUGAGAGUGGAGAUACGCGUAGAGGCGUAUGA